AGGCUUGAGAGGCUGAGCCUACGAGGGGGAAGGACCAGCCGGUUGUGCACGUCCAGGAUCUGCUCUGUUCGUUGCAAUCCCCUCCGCGCCCCUCGGAGAAGCUUCCCACCAGGUCUGUCUCCACGAGGCGAGGAGCACCGCAGCUCUCUUCCGACGGGGGGGGGGGGGAGUAAGUGGGGUUCCCACGCUGCCGCCCCUCCCCGCCCCUUUGGCGAGCCGAGGCUUCAGCCCUUCCUGUUUACGGUUGCUGUAGCUACGACGGCAGCCCUCGACGUCUUGCUGUUGCUCCUCGAAGGAUUAGGUCUUUUCCUUCAAGCCCCGGGAGGCUUCCUAUCCAGAAACAGCAGCGACCGAGACGGUCAGAGUGGAGAAGACGCGUCUGGAUGAGCGCUAGAGGUGAACGCUUUCCUCUGUCACAAACACAUCCCACCUUUCCUCAAUGUGGUGUUCUUGCUUCUUUUAUACUCACAACAACCCAGUGAGGUUUUAUCCUUCAGUGCAAAAAAACACCAAAACACCCCAAUUCUGUUAAAUCAAAAUGAAGGACCUUAGGAUUAGUUUCCACAAACUUUACUCAUUUUCAGCUACAUUCACAGUUCCUUAAGAAGAGUUUCAAAAGGUGGGAAAUGGAAUCAGAUAUUUUCAAGAGGAGAGACUGUUUAUCUCAGCAGGUUGUUAAAGAUUCGCCAGCCCAAGCAUCAUGUCAUAGCACAACUGAUGAAAGAACGGGAUCUUCCUUAAGUCUGGGUUGGGCAAGCAGCACAAACAACUCCUUUCCUGCACAGGUUGCAUCCUUCAAUACGUCCAGCACACUGGAAAGAGAUGUUGGCCUACCUGGUGACCUAGGCCACCUUCAAACCUUUCAGGAUGCCAAGCCAUUCGGUUACACAGCCAGCUCUAUUCUUUUUCCUCACUUUUUACCACCAACUCAGGCUGGAACAGUCCCUGCUGGUAAAAACAGUGAAACCCUGGGAAUCCCCAGUGCUGCCGCUGCUACUUAUCCUGCUCCUCUGAUAUCUCAAGAUGCUAUAUGCUGCCAAAACAAGAAACAGAGUCCAGGGCAGCAGGAACAGCUCAUAAUGCACCAGAUGGAGCACCUUCAACGGCUAGUAGCUGAACAGCAGAAAAUAAUUUCGUUCUUUAAUUCAGGCUUUUCAGCUUCUGCUGGUAUUCCUCCUCACCUUCUUGCUAUGAUCCCAUCCCUUCCAGGAGUCCCAGCUGCUUUAUUCCCUGUCCAAUCUCCUUCAGAGAAUUCUUUGCAAGCUCAGAAUAAUGGAAGCUCACAAACCAGUUCCUUAAUAAUAAAGCCUACUUUGCAGCAACUUGCCACAGAAACCUCAGCAAACAGCAACUUCUUAGAAGUUUCAAGGGAGCACCUUGAACCUCACAAAAAAGAAGCAAGUCUGCCAGGUGGAGAACCUUGGCUUGAAACUUCGCCACCUGUUGCAGAACAAAAAGGGGAGCAACAGUUAGAGGAAAAUGCUUCUCUUUCCCCCUUUGGACUAAGAAUGAACAUGAAGACACGGAAUGUAGAUGACAGACCAAUCAGACCUGGAAUUGGAGUGAGGCAGAAGACGUUUGAGGAAUUUGUUGAGAAGCAACUUAAAGUCGAUUCUCAACGAGCAGAGAAGCACCAACAGAACUCCCGUGAGACUAAAGCCACUGCUCAGAAGUCAUUUCUGAAACGCGGGGAAGGGACUGCAAGGCUUGAAAAAAAGAGAGACAGUGUUGGCAAGGAGCCAGCUGGACUUCCUAGAUGCGUUAGUUUUGAUUGUCAAAAUAAUUUCUCACGGUCGAAAGGGCAGGUCACUAGCCCCACCGUGCUGAUCGUGGAUGAUGAAAACACACAUUGUAUCACCUUCAAGGGUGAUGUAAAAGGCCAGCUUCAUAAUUGUGAGAGAAGGUCAGAUGAAAUAAAAGACAGCUGCGAAUUUGGUGGUCGUGAUAGCAAAGGGAUGGUAAAUGGAAAAGAAUUUGGCGUACCACCUCAGUUUGACAGGUCCAAAUGUUCACAGGAAUGUCAUGAACAAAUAAUUGACAUUAAAGCAAAGGUGACUGAAAAAAAUGAAACCUCAAGUCUUGGGUUUCAUGAUCAUUUGGUGAGGGUUGACAAGAGGUCCCUGGAUUUUAAGGUUCCAAUGUGGCUUAUGGAGAACAUAGAAGACAGUGUAUCGCAGGUGGUAGGAAGGUCCAUGGAUGCUUCACCAGAUGUCCGUGAGCUUCAUAACUUAGAAAGCAACCAAGGCAACCAAGAGGAGCAGAGCUCUGGACUUCAGGUUGCUCAAAGUGUGACUCGGAUUAGACAAUGUGAAAAUGAGCAUUGUGUUGCUGAGGGGGAAAGCCCAGAGGGCCAAGUGGAAGUUAACCCUGGGUUUAAGAAGCUCAAUGAUCAAAUAGUAAAAGUUACACCUAAAUCAGAUAUAAAAUGUGUCACCACAAGGGCUAAUUUCCAAAAGAACAGCAAUGCGGGUGCUGCUAACACACGGGAAGGAAAACCCCUCUCUAGUGAUUCACUCUGCACAUCUACUGAUAGUGAAGAUGAACCUAAAUCUCAUUGCUCUCAGUACGCAAUAAGGCCUAGUAACCAUAGACCAGCUAACAUUGGCAAGAACAUGGAUCUUUCCGAUGCUGACUAUGCCACUGAUGAACCCAGUGGAGCUGAUGAUUACUCAUUGAAAAACCAUGGAAAAUUGCCUGCCAGUAAGUCUGGUGUCCAGGAGCCAGCAGGUCAACAGGAGGCCACUCUUAUCACAAGUAGUAGCAGCAGCAAUGAAUCUAGUGUUGAUGAUGGCAGCUUGAAAUUGGGAAAGACUCUCUCCCUCCUUAGAAGAUCUUCCUGCCACCCCUCAAAAACUAGAAGAGGAGGAAGGAAGCCAAAAACACAGAGCAAUGGUGUUGCCAGCAAUUACAGUGCAGAGUAUAAUUUGCAACCUCCUUCCUUGACAAGUGAUCUUGUGGCCAACCUUUUCCCUGCUUUCAAAAGCAAAGCAAAUGUAGAUGAUAAAAGAUUUACCCCAGAGCAAGUUCAGAAAAGGCACACUGAUAAGUUAGAAUGUGAACCAGAAGUUCAGGUGCAUCAGAGAGAAACUUCUCUCCUAGCUCAGAUGAAAGAAGAACAAGCAAAAGCCAUGGACUUUCUUAGAAGACAAAUAAACCAAUUUGAGGCCAAGAGGUCACAGAAGUUUCAUUCCCUGGAGCAGUGCAAGACUGAGGAAGCCCUGAAAUCGCAGAAAGAAAAGGCAGAAUUUGAGAAGCAUACGACAGUAGGUAAAGGAGAAUCAGGGGAAAUACAAAUGUUAAAGCAGCAAAUAGCAGGGCUGCAGGAGGAGUUCAGAAGGAAUGAGACCCGCUGGUACGCUGCGCAUGGCGAGCUCAGGAGUCAGGUCGCAGCACUGACCAAACAGAACCUGGAGCUUCAAGACGAGCUCAGGGUCUCUGAGCAACAGAAGAUGGAAAACGAAAGAAAACAUGGAGCUGUGGAUUUGAUUGGCAGAAAAAGAGAAACGCCGGUCUCAUCAGCUAUUUUGAGAGGGACACCAUCUGAAGGAACCCUGGUAGAGAAACCACCGCAAAAUAGCCACAAGAGCCCUGAUGAUAAGUGUCUGGGAAGGAAAAUAGUACCACCAGAUGAAUUGGCCCCUAGAGAUUCACAGGCAACAAGGAGGGCUCUGCAAAGGUCUGAGUCACUGAAAUCUGCAGCAGGAGAACAAAGAGUGAAGAGCCCGUGUAAAACAGUUCAUAACAGAAGUGUGACACCCAUAAGCCACAGGAUCCCUCAUCAAACACCAUUUGGACUACAGAAAGCUUUGCCUCAGUUGGCUCACAGUCAGCAGCACAGUUAUGGAAGGAAGACACCAGUGUCUGAAUCAGAACCAAGAGCACUUACCAGCCCAGCUCUGCAUGUGAAAGGCACGUUCUCUUCCACUUCAGGUAGUUCAGAAGACACAGCAUUUUUAAAUAGUCAAAGCAAUGACAGUUUAAGCGCCGCAUCCUUGAGUAAUGUGGGAAUACAGGUGAAAGAGAAUCCUAGCCAUAAAAGGGUUCAGAGAUCCAAUAAAUCUUCUGAGCAAGUGGUUUCUAUGUCCACCUCCAGGAAAAACAGCAUUGCCUCAAAUGGCAGGAAUACACCUGUGGAAAAUCUUCCUAUUUUUGUGGAAACUAAAAAUAAGGCUUCUCCUCUCAAAUCAAUACUGUCCAGAAGAGCAUCACUAUAUACUGAAAUAAAGGAGGAUGGGGAAGUGAAAGAAGUAAUAGAGUACCCUGAUGGAAAGGUGAAACAACUGUUUACUGAUGGGCGCAGGAUUACUAAAUAUCCCAACGGAACAAAAAUGGAGAUUAGCACAGAUAAAAGAACAACUGUUGUUACUUUUUACAAUGGAGAUAUUAAGAAGAUCUUGCCAGAUCAAAGAGUGAUUUAUUAUUAUGCAGAGACACAGACAACCAGAACCGUUUUCCCAAAUGGAUUGGAAGUGCUGCAGUUUCCUAAUAAUCAGAUUGAAAAGUACCACCCCGACGGCACUGAAGAAAUCGUGUUUCCAGAUCAGAGUGUGAAACGCCGCUAUGACGGAGGUAUGGUGGAAGAAACUGUUUUCCCAGACGGUACAGUUGUGAAAGUGGAAAAAAGUGGAGUUAAAACCAUCCAGUUCCAUAACGGGCAAAAGGAGAUUCAUAUGGCACAGUCUACGAGAAGGGAAUACCCUGAUGGGACUGUCAAGACUGUCUAUGCUAAUGGCCAGCAGGAAACCAAGUAUUCUUCAGGACGGGUUCGAAUCAAAGAUGAGAAGGAGAUUGUCAUCCUGGAUGAGGAGUAACUUGUGUUCGCUGGGUGGUGGUCUUAGCAUUUCAUUAUGUUCUCUUACAUCGUCUUUCAUGACGUUAUGUUAUUGUUUAUUUUUUAUUCCAUCUUUUGGCCAGAAAGGUCCGAAGUGUCUCCAAAGUUGCACCUUGGUUCUCGAACGCCUUGGUACUCGUACGUUUUGGCUUCUGGACGCCAGAAACCCGGAAGUUAGCAUUCCAGUUUGUGAAUGUUUUUUGGAAGCCGAACGUCUGACGUAGCUUCCGCGGCUUCCAAUUAAGUGCAGGAAGCUCCUGCAGCCAACCGGAAGCCGUGCCUUGGUUUUCGAAAGUCAAACGGACUUCCGGAAUGGAUUAUUUCCGAGAACCAAGGUAUGACUGUACACCAUUUAAGCAAUAAGGUAAAAUAUAACUGGCAUCAAAGUACUGCAGCUGAAAACAGCAACAUAUCAGUAAUGUCUUCAAAACAGCCAGACAGAUUUGAUGCAUCCGAAUAGCUUAGCUGUUGUUUUUAAUUUUUUACUUCCUUCUGUCAUAAGAAUAAAGUAAAGAAAGGAGUAUGGACACCUCCUGGAGGUCAAAAGCCCGGGAGCCACCAUGGAGAAGACCAAAUAUCACGUCUCCAUCAGCUUAGCCUCAAACAAUAAUAACCUAAGAAGAGUCCUGCUGGAUCAGCCCAAGAGCCGCCUUGUCCAGGGUGUGGGGUUUGUGGUGAACUUACCUUACUUUUGUGGUGGCCAAAAGCUUUACAGUGUCCUUUCUGUUCGUUCUACAAAUCAACUCUCCAGGAGUCUGCAACCUGCAGCCUUCCCAGGUGCCUGUGCUUACUGAAGGCCUUAUGACAUCCCUGGCUGGGCUUUCCUGGAGGCUGCCUAAUAUGAGUUUGACCACUUCCAACUGAAGUAUUUUUAUUUUUAAUGAAAUAAGUGUUGUUGUUGUUUUAUAACCAAUGACUUCCCUUAAAAACAAAACCAUCAAGUGCCCCGAUCUCAGGCUCCUAGUAAUCAUCCUGCUUGGCUUCCCACACUUCACGUAAAAGCCUGGGAAUGGUAGCAUGUGGCAGCUAGGGAGACUGCAGAGUGCUGGACAAACUUAAAGAAACACACACAACUUUGGCCACCUUGCAAAGGUGUGGCAAGCUCAGGCCUGCACUCACCAAGAUUAUAAAGAAAUUCUAAUGUGUCCUGUAAAUGAGGCAGUUAAAAUGGGUGCCUCAGUUUUGAGAAAUGACAGUGCUAAAUUUCCAUUGCCUCCGGUUUGAUGGAAAAAGAAGGGAGAACUGGGUAUCAUUGGCAUAUUGGUUGGACUGCACCCAGACGCUACAGAUGAUCCCACAGUUUCAUGGAGAUGCAUGGGGAGGGGAUAAGAUGGAACCCUGUGAGAUGCUGUGUGUCAAAGGCCAAUGAGUGUAAUGUUUAAUUCCCCAGCAAUAUCUUCUGGGGUCUACCAUUCAGGGAGGACCAACGCCAGUACAAAACUCUGCCACUCGGCCCUAACGCAGCAGGGUGGUUCAGAAUGAUAUCGAAAGCUGCUGAACUAAUGAACUUUUAUUGUACUUUUUUUUGUGUGUGUGUGUGUGCUUAAUUUGGUGUGCACUGCUGCAACAUUUUAUUACGGUCCAGCAAUUUAUAUAAACAAAUAAACAAAAUCAAUCUA